CGUCUGCGGUAACACAGUACAUAGUAGUAUGUACAUAAACAUUGGCGGAGAGCGUACUGUAGUACCGGACAUGUUAAUGUUAACAAAAAGUGUAUGUUGAACAAGGCAGUGUCUUUACCAACCCAUCAAGAUGAGCAGCUUGAGUGACCGUUCUCCACAAGCGCCUGAAGGGCCUGACCCAGACCUUGACAUCGAUACCAGUCCAGUCCAGCUUCACCUUGAUGGCCCUGACCCAACUGACCCCGAGCCCAGCAAGGGCCCACCCCUCUCCCCACCACUCCCAGCUGGCAAGAACAGUUGGGGGGAGGGGCAAGGAUACUUUGAGUCUCCCAUACCUGGGCACAGCGAGGCACUUCUUGUAGAGCUCCAUAGGCAGCGAUUGAAUGGCCGAUGCCUGGACUUCCGACUGGACUGUAACGGUGUCACACUGCCAUGCCACAGGUGUGUCCUGGCCGCCAGCAGCUCUUACUUUGACAAAGCUCUGUCUGAACUGGAGCAGGGUCAGGACCGACUCAACUUAGACAACUUGAAACCCUGUGCUUUGGAAGCUGUUGUGGAUUUCAUCUAUACAGGAAGGUUUAAAGUCAGUGAGGCAAUGGCAGCCGGUGUACUCUGCACAGCAUGUAUCUUGGAGUAUCCUGUCCUCAUUGAACAGUGUUGCAGGUUUCUUAAUGGUAUCAUUUGCUUUGAAAACUGUGUGGGCAUUUUUCAGCUCUCCCAGGAGUAUGGGUGUGCCAAGCUGCAGCAAACCGCCUGGCAGUUUGCCUUGGAAAAUGCAAGGGAUGUUUUUAAAGAGACUGAAUUUCUCAAACUCUCAGUGGACCAUUUGGUUGAAUACAUCUCCCAUGAUGGGUUGAACAUUGAGCUAGAAGAUGCAGUCUUUGAGGCAGUCCUGAGAUGGGUGGAGCAUGACGAGACCAAUCGUGUCACCAGUCUCCCAAGCAUCUUACAGCACAUUCGACUUCCCCUCCUGAGCAAUAGACUCUUUUCUAGCAGUCUAGAGUCUCACCCCUUGAUCGUCAACUGCAGCAAGUGCCGGCAACUGGUCAAAGAGGCUAGACACCUGCGGGACCUUGCUCUCAAAGGGAAGGACAUCCACUCCAAGUCCCUGAAGCCACGCCCAUCAAUGAUGAAAGAUGUCCUUGUCGUAGUGGGAGGAAUGGAGACCAGUCGGACUUGGGUAAAGGAGGUGAUUUACUAUGACCCGGCCACACAGGCUUGGGAGACCCUAUCCACACUUCCCUUCUCGCAGACUGACUACAGUGUUGCCUCCUUGAAUGAUGACAUUUACGUGAGUGGCGGGUUCAAAAUGGGCAAUGCCACGUCUGAGGUGUGGGGCUACAGGACAGCCCAGGACAAGUGGGUGGAAGUGGCUAGCCUCAAAUUGGCUCGCUUUAACCAUGCCUCGACUGCACUGGAUGGAAUGCUGUAUGUAGUGGGUGGGGAAACUGACGAUGCAGGGCUGAUGGAGAUUGAAAGGUACGAUCCUCAGAGGGAUGUGUGGGAGAUUAUUGGCGAGGCCAAUCCGACGCAGAGUAAUCUGACUGUUGCUGGACUGAAUCACAAGUUGUACAUCGUUGGCUGGCUGGCGCAUACUCGACUGAUGUGUGUUGUACAGUGCUUUGAUCUCCAGACCAGAGAAUGCACAAUACAGCCCUGCUCAGGUCUCAACAGACAACUCUUUCCUGUCAUCACCUUCCAAGAUUCGAUCUACAUCCUUGGUGGGAGCCGGAUCAAAGAGGUCGCAAUCUACGAUCCUGAAACCUACCAGUCCAUCAAGGGGGAACCCAUGAAAUACAAGCGUAACACACCAAGCGCGGCGGUCGUGGGGCCUUUCCUGUACGUCACUGGGGGCGAGCUGCAACAUCACCUGGCCAAAGUGGAGGUGUUUGAUCCCGACAGUAACUCCUGGAGUGUGGUUCCACCAAUGCCCACGGCACUGUGCUUCCACGGGUGUGUGGGUGUCAGGAAGUACCUGGGACCACCGUACAUAGAGCCCACAGGACAAAUUGCUGGAACCAGUGCUGGAGAAUGCUAUGGGGCUUCCCCUGAAGUCUCCCCUGAUAUCAUCAAAGUCACCAAUGACUGUCACACUUGACGGUAAAAUGGGCACAUUCAUUAGUGAAUUGCAUGCCAGUCUUGGCUGUCCUUGAAUACCUAUCACUGAUGAAGGUGUAUGUAUGCAGGAAUGGCACAUUUAUUCCACUGAUGAACAUACAUCUGAGCUAUUUAAAAAUGCUAAGUCUACCGGAGCUGUUACUUUCUUGAGAAUGCAUUAACAAGUAGUUUGAUGCUCCGAGUCAGAACUGUUAGGGUUAGAAACAUUCCCUUCAUCCAAGAAAAGUAUAGCCACUGACCAUGCCAGCGCCAGAUGUCAAUGAAGAUGUACAGGAAGUAAUCAAAUGACGUUUGAUUUGUAAGCCUAAACCCUCCAAAUAUCCCUUCAAAAUCCACCCAGGAGUUUAUAGGAAUGAAAAGAGAACAGGUCAGCUCGCUGUUUCCUCACAUAUGGGCAUGGCUAGGCUUGAUGCUCCUGAACUGUUUCAAAAACAAAGAAUGUGUCCUUGUUUUCUUCCACAUUCAAGGAUUUGAGAGGAAUGUAGGAAGGCUCUUUGAAACACCACAGGAGUUUAGGGCUGAGCUUUAGUGAUCUAACUACUCAUGUCAAGCUUGGACUGCAAGCCACAGACAGGCUUGUCACAAAGGGGAGCCUGGAUGGGCAGGUACCCUUGGCGAGCAGCUGUCCUCCCCUCCCCCCCACCAUCAGACAAAAUUAUCUUGCCUUCUUGGGAUGGCUAAAGAUAUGAUGCUUAGCCAUUUUUUCCACUCUCCAAACACAGUAAUUAUCUAUUGCAACGUCAAUUAUAAAUGCCAGUACAGUAAAAGUUAUUAACUUCCUUCAUGUAGUUCCUACAGUGUACAUGUAUCCUAUACAGUAGGCUGAUAUUGGCCCGAGUAAUGUGGGUGCAUUUUGUUAAAAACUUGCUCACUUAGCCUUCAAUUUAAUGUAAAAACAAUAUUUAACAUGCUUGUUUCAUUCAUUUUCACAGUGUUGCAUAAAUUUGUAUUGAAGUGUUUGAUGCAUGUUGGUUUUCAUCUGUUAAUUAUUUAUCAAUACAAGCUGUACUGGUGCAAGGGCAGAUCCCGAGCCAAAUUCUUGGGAAGGAAGAACUUGUUUUUUGGGGUCCAAAAUUGAGAAUUUUUUAAUGUAUCCUUUUUUGGCCUUUCUGAACGACGAGGCUACAUUUUUGGGAACAUUUGACAUGCUUUUGAAAGGAAAGAAAUGAAAUGGAACACAAAAUCGCCUUUCAUUAUAAAAAAUUUUGUUUUACGAAAGGCCACGCCCCCAGUUGCCCCCACCCCUACUAUGGAUCCGCCCUUAUACUGGUGACUGAUGAACAAUGGCAUUAUAUAGUUUCCCAGCUUGUUUUCUGUACAUGUAUAUUACACUGUAAGAAAGUUCCUGGUUCAUUGUUGUAAUGUCUAGAGACAAUCUAAUUGCACAUUUCAUCUCACUUUAGCUGCAUGGCAUAAGGUUGUGGUCCAUCUUAGCAAGCAAUAAUGUUCAACAAGCUCGAUGAUGACAGAUACAUGUACCUUUCAAAUUGAAGCUUCUAAUUGCUUUCAUGGCACAUCAAUCUUAAUACAGACAGUGUAAUGAAGAAAACGAGGCUGCUGCAAACUGGAUAAUGUCCUUUGAUAAAGAUUCUACCAUGAUUGAAACGUCUGGCCUUUCUUCAUCUGCAGUACUUUUACCAAAUGGAGAGAUCUACCUGUCACUAAUAGUUGAUUGGGGUGUUUGUGUAAUGCUGCUUUUUGAGUCAGUAGCUAGCACAUUGGGUACUGCUGUUUCCACGAAUAAGGUACAUGUACAUGUUAGUAUUUUAACACACUUUCUGAACAGUUCUUGUCUGAUUAAUGUCAUUGAUCACAUUAUUCAUCAAGGGGGAAGUAAUAAGUGGGUUCUGGUAAGUGUUAACAUGAAAUUUCUGAGUUCCGAGGUGAUGCAAGAAUUUGUAUUAGCUGAGGAUUUGUUCAGGUUGUUUUUUCAGCUUUGGUUAAGUCAUGACGGGAUUUAUUCUUGGUUUUUUAGGCAUUGUGUAUAAAAACAGUGAAUGUUUCAGGUUUGUACAGUGGAAGGAAUACAAUGUAUUUUUAUUUGGUGACAUAUUUUUAAAUCUACUUGGUUUGUCACACACAGGAGAAAGCUCCAUCUGUCAGUUCAAGGAAUUCUUUUACCUCCAUACAGUACUUAUCGGUUAACACAUUUCCUGUCUGUCUAACUGGCUCAGGCGAAGUUUAUUAGCACUAAUGGACAUGUGAAGAAAGCAGGAGUUGUACUCAAUCAUCAAAUGCAAACCACAAAUCAAAUGCAUUGUAAUAUGCAAAGGUAGCCAAGCGUCAUGUGAAUUGACUUGCCAAUAGGGCUGAGUCAAUUCGAAUAAUUCACUAUUUGAAUAUUUGAUUUUCAAUUUGAUUGAAUAGCUGAAUAAUCAGUCGUACCAACUGGCAUAUUGUUGAUGAACAAACCAUAUACAAAAUCACUUGCAAUAACACACACAACUGAUUAUGAUCAAUAUGAU